AGCGAGCAUCUAACUAUACAUAAGGUUCAGAACAGUUUGACAGCCCUAUAGUAAUAAGGAGUAUGUAUACAAACCUUUUACCUGUCGAAUCAUCUUUGAGGUUGAACUCUCAGAAUACAGAUCUUCUUUUUCCCUGCGUGGACAUUUUGAAUUACCUGGAAAUUGUACUGUUUGACCAAGAAUUAAUGAGACUUGUACAGCUUCUUAAAGCCUUCCUGGAUCUGGACUCCUCCGAAAAGCACCUUUGACAAAACAACUUGUGAGCUAUUCCAGGAUUUGUGUUAUCUUGUGACUUUGGAAAACCCCUUUUUCUACUCUUUGCGUUGAAACAAUUAUUUGUGCUUAUUUUCUGAGAUAGUCCACUGGGUUUAUUUUUGAACCUUGUCCUCAAGAAGAUUACCUUCUGGAUCAAAUCUCGGAACAGUUGCCCUUCUUCACUUGAGUCUCAGCACCUCUCAAAUAAAUCUGUUCCAUUCUAUACAUUUGAGAUCUUGUGGAACUGCUCAUCAAGUCUGGAUGUUUUGACAAUAAUACUUCAUAGGUAAGUGUGCUAUCUUUAAUAUAACAUUUCCAUGGCUCAAUCAGGCUCAUACCCAAACCAAGACCCAUCACACCGUGCCAUCGUCCACAGCCCACUGGGUAUUUGUUCAGACCUGGAUACCCAGAUAAGAAGAGAGGAUGAGGAAGGAGAAGAGGAAGAGGAUGAAGUGGAACUAGCUGAGGAGGUAGGGGAGGAUGUUUUAAUGAUGGCUGAAACAGGAGUGAGGCAAGCCAAUGUAGAAAGUGGACCACAGGGUGAAAGUCGGGAAGUGAGGAUGAUACAAGUGGACCUUGUACCGAAUGGAGUAAUAGGAGAUGGGGAGGAAAGAGGUGACACACUGAAAGAAAAUGGCGAGGGAGGGGAAGAAAAUGUAGAUGAGGAGCAUGCAACAGAAAGAGAAGGUCCAGGCGAGGGUGAGGAAGAGUCUGAAGACACAAUAACAUUGAUUGAAAGUCCAUGUCAAUUAUCGGCAUCCAGCAUUUUUCAUCAAGAGCAAGUAAUAUCAGAAAAAGAAGACAUAAACGCUGAAGAUAAUAAACAAGAGGCAAACAAAGAAUGUUCAGAAACAAUGGCAAAGGAGGAAAAGAUUAAAGAGGGAGGCGACGGUUUAGAAAACCAGAUCGUAUCCAAUGCCACUGAUGCAGAGACUCUUCAAGAAUCCAGUGUUUUUGAAGAUGAGUCAGAAGAGCAUAAGGAGUUUUCCACUGAUGACACAAAUAGUAAUCUUUUCGCUAAUAGUGAAAUGAUGAAAACGCUUGAGGAACAAUCAUCUGAAGUCAUCCCUGCUGCCACAGGCACAGGUGCAUCAGUCGACAGUCAAUGUGAACUUUGCCAAACCACAGUUGAUGCAAAUGGCAACACGAUAGUGGACACGCAGACUAACAAGUUCACCAGUGAAAAUCAAGAUGGAAUGAAAAAUACAGACGAGAUGAACAACCCAGAAAGCGGCAAACCGGAACUUGAGAAAACAAAUAACUAUAUGUGCCAUUGGGAUUCCAUGAAGAUAAAUACUGGUGAUGAGAGACCUAACAACUUCAUGAUAGAUGGCAUGUCCACUUCUGACCAUGUUCUAGAUGUAGGAGGUAAAGAAAACCUAAAUAUAGACAUGCAAGAGUUUUUACCCCCUGAAGGACUAUUAAUGGCAGAAGAACAGAAUGAGGAAACAAGGUUGGGAGGGAUCGACCUGAAGGAGGUAGGGGAAGCACAACAGGUUGAGGUUAAUACUCAGGAUGGGAGAAGAACUUUGGAAGAGGAGAGAAAGACAGGUGAUUUUGCUGUUGGAGAGUUAAUGGGUGAUGGAGAAAUGCAAAAUGAAUCUACUGCUAGCCUUGAAAACCAGUGCUUGGUAGGUCCUCCAGAACAGGCAGUGCAGUGCACACAGGAGGUACCUUCAGACACACAGCAAGCCGUGGAUUUGGAUCAGGUGAUCAAGACCAUUUAUCUGGAGGAAAUAAAUGAAGAUGAGCCCAAUCAGCCAAGAGAAGAAACCACUGAGAAUCAUUCCACAAAAAAUGAUGAUGAUGAUGAUGAUGAUGAUGUUCAGCAAUAUGUUUCAGAGCUCCUCGUAGAAGCAGUGGCAGACUGUUGGGGCAACUUGGGAGAGCAGCCAGUAGAGAAGGUUGUUCUAGAAGAUAAGAAGGUGGCAGGAUCAGUGGAAGAAGUAACAGUGGGGGCUCUAGAGAUGACAGGAGAACCAGUUAUUGUUUUAAACAAUGACACUGAAGACAUAGAGGAGAAUCAGACCACUGUAACCCUUCCUCAAGAUAACAUAAUGAAGACAAAGGAUGGAACGUGUCAAGAGUUAGAAGUCGAGACAGUUAAACUUGGUGAAGAAAAAGCUAAUAAUCAAAAAGAUGAUAAAGGGCAGGAAGAGAAGGACAAGAAGUCAGAAGAUGACAACAGGGCAGUUGAGUCAGAUGGAACAGUCAAAGGGCUGAAGGAAGCAUUGGAGAAUGGGAUCUUGUGUCCUGAGCCACAACCACAGAUGACAGCAGAAGUGCAGCCUGAUAAAGAGAGAGCACCAGAAAAAAAAGACUGGAGGAAAGAUCUAAAAUCAGAGACAAAGGACAUCGACGAAACCAAGGAGGUAAAGACGGAAUGGGUGAAGAAGGAAGCAUCAACGGAGGAGAAACAUCUGCCUUGUAGGGAUGACUGGAUAAAGGAGCUAAAGUCAGUGAUUAAAUAUGAAUCCUUGCCCAAAAAGAAAGACGGACACGUCAAGAGGAAGCGAGUGGUGCUGUUGGAUGAUGGCCAUGCGUACAUGCCACAGUGUGACGAGAUGACUGAGGAGAGGAAAGAGGAGGUGAAACUGAUUUCACAUCGAAGAGUGAACCCUUUGCCUGCUGUAUACAGGAACAGUAGAACAACCCAAGACCAGCACUUUGAGAUUGCACUCUAUGUCAAGGCGGGAAGUGAUGGAGAGAGCAUUGGGAACUGUCCUUUCUCCCAGAGACUGUUUAUGAUCCUGUGGCUUAAAGGCGUCAUCUUCAAUGUCACGACUGUCGACCUCAAACGGAAGCCCGCUGACCUGCAGGACCUCGCUCCAGGAACCAACCCUCCCUUUGUGACCUUUAACGGUGAGGUAAAGGUCGACGUGAACAUGAUCGAGGAAUUCCUGGAGGAGAAACUGACCCCACCGUGCUACCCUAGACUGGCUGCCAAACAUCCAGAGGCAAACACAGCCGGCAUCGACGUGUUUGCUAAGUUCUCAGCUUACAUCAAAAACCCGAAGAAAGACACCAAUGUUGCCUUAGAGAAAGCACUGCUGAAGUCUCUUCAGCGUCUCGAUGACUUCCUGCGGACGCCACUGCCUGAGGAGAUAGACACUUACGCCUCAGGUGACCUGCCUGAAUCCUCCAGGAGCUUCCUAGAUGGGGAGGAGCUCACUCUGGCCGACUGCAACCUCCUGCCUAAACUACACAUCCUCAAGGUUGUCGCCAAGAAAUACCGUGGCUUUGAGAUUCCUGCAGAGAUGACCGGUGUGUGGAGGUAUUUAAACUGUGCCUAUCAGAGGGAGGAGUUCACCAGCACAUGCCCAGCUGAGAGGGAGAUUGAAUUUGCUUACCUGGAUGUUGCAAAGCGAAUCAAAUAAGAGCAAGAGUAGGAAAAGUAGGAAAGAACCUGAAUGACUGUAUCACAGUCACGGAGUACAGUACGUCCUGUAACAAAUAGUUAUGAUAGAGAACAUGAGAACAAGCAUUAAGUGAAUAAUGUUUUGGAAUACUGAUACACUGAAGUGAAAGUUCAGGCUUUAACCCUUAGAACACAUGUUUGUUUAAACAUACAGUUUAUACAGAGGCUAUAAGAAUGUGCAAUAUAGAGUGUUUUAUAUCCUUUUGCUUUUUUCAGCACAACCUAGGCAAUCUGAUGAAACAACUAUAACUAUAUAAAUAGAAGUACUAAAAGUACUCAAAAUGUUUAAAAUUGGACUGACUUUGUGAAAUUUGGAAAUACAUCAGAGUGCAAAGUUCACUUGGCUCGCUUUUAUGAACAAAAGAGAAGAAAAAUGGUCUAAUUUUGUGACUUCUGCGCAAUAAUUGCUCCUUUUAUAUUACUACUAAAAAUGUGAUAUAAAAUGAAUCAUAACUUUGACUCAACCACAAAU